ACACAUGCAGGCACACUCUGCACGGUAGACAACAGUUGUCCACAGAUUUCUGCAUCACCCCGCAAACGUUUGGAACCUAUAAACCGGUAUGUAGUUGACGCGGGUCGUUACAGCGUCCGUGGACAGUCCGGUUCUUGCGCUUCGGGGCGGAGAGGCCAGCAGGAUGACCCGGCUGUGGGCUGUACUGCACUGGGUCACGGUGGUGCUUGGAUACCGGGCCGUGGCGCAGUACUCCAGCGACCAGUGUAGCUGGCGAGGAAGUGGUCUGAGCCACGAGUGGCAUCGCAGAGAUGUGGAGCAGGUCUACUUACGCUGCUCCCAGGGCUCGCUGGAGUGGCUCUACCCGACCGGCGCCAUCAUCGUCAACCUGCGCCCAAACACGGAGCCCACAUCGGCAAACUUGGCAGACCUCCACGUGUGCAUCAAACCGCGGCUCCACUCGCAGGGUUCGCACUUGUAUUUGGAGCAUACUGGUGAUCUGAGGCUGCUGAUGCCCGAGAGCGAACAUCAUCAGGGAAAAAUACGUUGUUUCAGCCUCACCGAUGGAGCUCUGUUUGUCGAGGCCGUCCCCCAGGCAGACAUCAGCCGGAGGAUAACCGCUUUCCAGUACGAGCUGGUGUCCAGCCGAGGUCCCGGAGCGCACUUGUACCCGCACCUUCACCCUGGUUUGGUCAAAUGUGAACCAUGUUCAGAUGAAGAAGUCCUCAUGGCUGUCUGCACCAGUGACUUUGCGGGCGGCGGCAUCUUUCAAGGCGUGCUGUCGAUCACUGACGAGCACUCCCAGGCUGCGCUGACUCUGAGUCGGCUCUUCCACCAGAAGAACGGGCUGUUUGCUGGUGGCGGGGCCAGAGUGCGCCGCUGGACGGGGCGUGUCAACGUUCCUACAAAGUGUGACGUUCCCCACGGAGGAGAUGAGUACCUUUUGACCGGCUCGGUCCAUUUUGGAGAGGCGUGGCUUGGAUGCGCACCUCGUUACAAGGACUUCCUGAGGCUUUACGGCACAGCACACAGAGCAGGAACCAACCCUUGUCACAUUGACACUAACUGAGGGAAUGGAAAGUGUAACAGCCUGAAAGAGAAUGGAGGUCAUUUUCAGUUUAUGACAGAGAUGAGCCAAAGAGCACCAGUGCGGGAUCUUCAACUUUGUAUUGUUGCUGUGCAGCAAAACUGUAAACAAUGGACCUCUGCCAAUGCUUUGUCACCUGCAAAAUGAGUGACAAGGUGGCAAAGUGAAGUUUCGAUCUUAAAUGAUGCCCAAUUUGGCAAGAUUGCUAACAAGAUAGCAUUGGUGUGUCUUGUCACGAACUGUCCCUUGGUACGUGCAGUAAAUUGAGUUAUAGUGUGAGGACUCAUUUUGCCCUUCAAAUAGUAACGGCAGGCUACAGCUCACAGUAAGGUCCUCCUCGUUGGCUGAUCUAUGCUGACUGCUCCUUGAUUUACUGAAGCAUUGAAGAGACGCCUGCUGUUAUCACCGCUACCAAUCUAAUAGAUUUAUAUGCACUCUGUGUAAUAUAGUGCUGUCUGUCAUCCAGUGAUUGUACCAAGAUGAGUGUUGGUAAAUCUUAAAAUGUCAGAACGUGAGAUAUGAAGAACUAACUUGUUUGGAACACCUACAAACCUUUUAUGGAUUUUCCUCAAGGUGAUACAUUGUUUUUGAUCAUUCUUGAAAUGAAUGUUUGCUUUGUAAAAAGCUCUGUUAAAAAAAAAAAAAAAAAAAAAAAAAGUAUCUUCUUUCAGAAGUGUACAAAAUGCAGCUCUGUGAGUCUCUAUAUAGCGUAUGUGUUGUGCUAAUUUGCAAUUGUGUUUCGCAAAGUGUCUAUAUUUACAGAAAAUAAAGUUUCUUAAUUGA